AUGGCAACCUAUAAAAUUGCCCUGCCAGAGAAGGCCACUGUUUCGGGCCGAGUUACGAAGUCCAAUAAACCCGCAAAAGCGGCAUUAGAGAAAUUUGUAAGGAACAGUGCAGAACAAAAUGCGCGCAAGUCAGCAGAGGCUAUGUUUGGGCGCGAUGCCCCAUCCCGCCGUCUUCGAAUGCCGGAGAGUUAUAGCAUCACAGCUGUGGAACAGCUUACAUUCUUCCCCAAUACUCUGCGGUCGCAUGACUUCCUCGAUCGCCUGUUGGGGCACGGUAUUGAUACCCAGACUGUAGCCAACAUCAUCAACCACCAUAGAAAAGUUCCCAAGUAUCCUGUCCAGAACGAUAGCAUCUGCAAAACGAUUCAAAAGUGCAUGCAACAACAUCAUCCCUCAGUCUGGGUGCGUGAGAAGAUAGUGCAUUGGACCAUGAAUAAUCGGAAGGCUGGCAUCUUCUCCGGAGUCAGGCGUGACAACAACGAUCUUACGUUCACGGGUAUGCAGCUAGAUUUUGAGGACUUCCCAAGGCAUCCUAGCAACAAGAAAGGUGUUGUCUUGAACAUACCGUUUGCCAACCUUGCCAAGAACGUUAGGACCUUUCCAUCAAUUCAAGGUGGCGACGCAUUAACCCUAAUGCCGUGUAUUGUUCACGCUGCUGAACAUCCCGAAGAGGGCUGGCUUUUCCCUCGUGACAUUGUGACGCUUACACAACUGACCGGCGGCCCUCGCAUGACUGAAGCCAAACACAAGGAUAGCGCAGUCUUUUCGCGAUGGAUAAACUCUUACAAAAUUGGCAGCAUCUAG